AUGGAGGCCCCUGUUCUGUUUAUCCCCUCGUCCCUUGGUGGUCACUUGGGUUGCUUCCAGGUCUGGGCUGUGUCUCGCCGCCUCUGCUGUAUCUGUGCCGAUGGCCACGUGGCACCAGAGCAGAAGAGACGCUUCCGGACCAAGCUGUUCUGUGUUGUGCGCCCUGCUCCGUCCACCCCACUGCACCGCCGCCCCUUCCCCGACUCCACGCUGCCCUUUGGAUGCACAGACGUGUCCCGACCCCGCCUCCGCCUCGCGCCGACCCCGCCCCUGGAACUACGCUCCCGUCGUGCUCCGCGGCGCCAGGCGGCGGCGGCGGCGGCGGCGGCGGAGGCGGGCCGGUUGCUAAGACGUGGGGCAGCGCUGCGCUUCCGCCCGUCUCCUCAGGUGGCUGCAGGCUUCCUCCCCUGCCUCCUCAUCACAGCGGAGAUGUCAGGAAAGGAGAACAACUUCCCCCCACUGCCCAAGUUCAUCCCCCUGAAGCCCUGCUUCUACCAGAACGUCUCCGACGAGAUCCCCAUCGAGCACCAGGUCCUGGUGAAGAGGAUCUACCGCCUGUGGCUGUUCUACUGCGCCACCCUGGGCGUCAACCUGGUCGCCUGCCUGGCCUGGUGGAUCGCGGGGGGCCAGGGAGCCAACUUCGGCCUGGCCCUCGUGUGGCUGCUGCUCUUCUCGCCCUGCAGCUACGUGUGCUGGUUCCGGCCCGCGUACAAGGCCUUCCGCUCUGACAGCUCCUUCAACUUCAUGGCGUUUUUCUUCAUCUUCGGAGCCCAGUUUGUCCUGACCGUCAUCCAAGCCGUCGGCCUCUCGGGAUGGGGCGCGUGCGGGUGGCUGGCCGCGAUCGGGUUCUUCCAGACGAGCGUCGGGGCCGCCGUGGUCAUGCUGCUUCCGGCCAUCAUGUUCUCCAUGUCGGCCGCCGCGAUGGCCAUCAUGAUCAUGAAGGUGCACAGCAUCUACCGGGGGUCCGGCGGGAGCUUCCAGAAGGCACACACGGAGUGGAGCACGGGCACGUGGCGGAACCCGCCGUCCCGGGAGGCCCAGUACAACAACUUCUCGGGAAACAGCCUGCCCGAGUACCCCACCGUGCCCAGCUACCCGGCCAGCGGCAGCCAGUGGCCUUAGGGGGAGCCCGGCGCCCCUGCUGCCCGCCCGCCGCCGGCCCAGCUGCCCCUCGCCGUCCACUCCCACGGCCCUGGGUUUGGUGAGGCCCCCCCGCCGGCCGGGAUGGCAGACCCCAGGGCUCUCGGGGGCCCGAGCCCCUGUGCGCCUCGCUGCCGAGAGCAGGGCUCCCCUCGAGCUCUGCCCAGAAGCUGUCCAGCCGCCAGCGUCCAGCAGGAUGCCCCCCGCGGUCCCGAGCGCGUGCGGUCCCCAUGAGGUCCGCUGUACCACAGCCGCCCCCUCCUCCCUCGGGGUCUCGGGGGCUGACCGGGCCUCCCGGGUCGGAGGCGGGCUGGCUGCCCCCUUCCAGGGCCGAUGAGGCCCCGUGCCCGCCUCUCCCGGCCUCUGCCCGGGGCGGUCACCUUCGGCCCGGCGUCCAGGAGGGAGCCUUCCCGACCCCAGGUUCCCGUCGCUGCUGGGAGACGGAGGGCCUUGUGAGGCCGGGUCCUCCGUGUGCUCGUCCUCCAGAGGAUUCACCGUCUCAGUGCCACGCUCUGUGCUUCUUUCUCCGCGUCUGUCUGUCUGUCCGUCGGCAGCUUGCCUCCAGCCUCCCUGCCCGUGGCCACGCUCAUCCUGAGAUGCUCUCUUCCCCCACGAAGGGGUCUCAGAGCUGGGACCCUCAGGUGGGACCUCACUAGAUCCGAAAUCCGGGACCAACUCCCUCUGGUGGGGAGGGGAGCCAGCGGCCGGUCCCUGCUGGAAGCAGGCGGGAAGACACGCACCUGCAUCUGCUUGAAGUGCCACGGGGACAGGAGCCAGAGUCGCCAUAGAGUGCGGGAGACGCGACAAGUCUGUGCCUUACCAGGGGUCUCAGCCCGCCCUUCCCCUUGCCCUCUGGUCCUUCCGCUCCUUCCCAGACGUGCAGCCCGCACCUGGCCGAGUGGACGGGCCGGGGACGGCUCCCAGUAGCCUCGCCCUUGCCAGCCAGGCCCUCGCGCACCCCUGACGCUGCCCCUCGGCCCCCGGCCGUCCGGCCCUCGGGACAGGACGCCCUGUCACAGAGCCCCCUCCCCCCACGCCCGCUUGCUUGGCCGCUCUGAACGCCCCAUGGUGCCUGAAGGUGGCCACGGCCGCGAGAAAGCGCCCAGGUCUGGGUCCCUGAUGGGCUCCUGGGAAGGGAAACCCGAGUCCUGUCGCCUCCCCAAGGCUGCCUCCGGAGACCGAGGUGCGCGUGCCCCGUGGGGCCGCGUCUCCUGUGACCCGGCGCCGCCGGUGACGGGCGCGGAGCAGACGGGCAGGCGUCGCCAGCCUGGGAUGCGCCCCCAGCACCCACCCCCACCCUGCUCCUCGCUGCGCAUUGUGGUUUUUGUUACGUGAAAGUGUCCAGGAAAUAAAGACGUCCUUUCU